AUGAUACUCAAGGAAUGGCUAGAAUCUUUGGAGAUGAUCUUUGAUCAUAUGGCCAUGAAGGAUAUAGAUAAAGGCAUUGAUUUUAUCUUGUCGGGACAAGUCUAUCGAUCUAAUGUGUGGCGAGUGGUAUACCUUCGCUUGUUGUUUGACUAG